AUGAGCGGCAGAGGCAAAGGAGGCAAAUCACGGGCUAAAGCGAAGACGAGUUCGGCGCGAGCUGGUCUGCAGUUCCCUGUGGGUCGUGUGCACCGCCUGUUGCGUCGUGGCAACUACGCGGAGCGUGUGGGUGCUGGAGCACCAGUCUACUUGGCUGCUGUGCUCGAGUACCUGGCUGCCGUGGUGCUGCAGUUGGCGGGUAACGCGGCACGCGACAACAAGAAGACGCGUAUCAUUCCUCGUCACCUGCUAUUGGAGGAGUUGAACAAGCUGUUGGGCGGUGUGACCAUCGCGCAGGGUGGUGUGCUGCCCAACAUCCAGGCGGUGCUGCUGCCGAAGAAGACGGAGAGUUUGCAACCGUAA